AUGAAGGAACACGAGACGACGGGUGUUUCUCAGAGGAAACCGACGAAACUGAGAAAUCUGAUACAAAAGACCGAGGCUUUCGAUUCUCUGCACGCUAGACACGCCGAGAGAACGUUAUGCUCCAGCCAAGUGUGUCUUGGUAGCGUUAUGCAGCUACCGAACCACGGAACAGAACCCCGUUCGAGAGAAGAGACCCUUGUGCAUGCGAAAGACUUCCUUGACCAAUACUUUUCUUCUAUCAGAAGAUUGAACAGCGAGGCACAUCGGUCUCGUUGGGAAUACGUGCAGAAGGAAGUGAUCGUCACUGGCACUUACCAAUUGACCGAAACGGAGUUAGUCUUCGGAGCGAAGUUAGCGUGGCGCAACGCCGCGAGGUGUAUCGGUCGUAUUCAAUGGUCCAAGUUACAAGUGUUUGAUUGCCGCUACGUCACGACUACGAGCGGCAUGUUCGAGGCUCUGUGCAAUCACGUGAAAUACAGCACGAACAAAGGGAACAUCAGAUCGGCGAUAACUAUAUUUCCGCAACGUACCGAUGGCAAACAUGAUUACCGGGUGUGGAAUCAGCAGUUAAUAAGUUACGCGGGAUACAAGAAUCCGGACGGUACCAUAAUCGGUGAUCCCGCGAACGUUGAAUUUACCGAGGUGUGCAUGAAACUAGGCUGGAGAGGUGCGCGUACUCGCUUCGACAUUUUGCCAUUGGUUUUAUCGGCCAACGGGCACGAUCCCGAUUAUUUCGACAUUCCGAAUGAGUUGGUCCUAGAAGUACCUCUCACUCAUCCGACAUACGAUUGGUUCGAGAAGUUGGAAUUGAAAUGGUUCGCGGUUCCCGCUGUGUCUGGAAUGGUGUUCGAUUGCGGGGGACUCGAGUUCACAGCCGCGCCGUUCAACGGGUGGUAUAUGAGUACCGAGAUCGGGGCGAGAGAUCUGUGCGACGUGCAGCGAUACAAUUUGCUGGAGACCAUCGCGACGCACAUGGGACUGGAUACGAGAACUUCUACCUCGUUAUGGAAGGACAAAGCUAUGAUAGAAGCUAAUCUCGCUGUGCUGCAUAGUUUUCAAAUGAGAAACGUGACGAUCGUGGAUCAUCACACCGCUUCAGAAUCUUUUAUGAAACAUUACGAAAACGAGAUGCGAUUGAGGAACGGAUGCCCGGCCGAUUGGCUGUGGAUCGUGCCGCCGAUAUCAGGAUCGGCUACGCCCGUUUUCCACCAAGAAAUGGCCCUCUACCAUUUGAAGCCGUCUUACGAUUCACAGGAUCCCGCUUGGAAGACGCAUGUUUGGAAAAAGGGAAGAGAUAAAAGAUCGACGACUAAGAAACCGAGGAGGAAGUUCCAUUUUAAACAAAUCGCGAGAGCCGUGAAAUUUACGUCGAAAUUAUUUGGAAGAGCGUUGUCCCGAAGAAUAAAAGCUACAGUGUUGUUCGCCACGGAGACCGGGACGUCGCAGAUGUACGCUGAGAAGCUCGGAGAAUUGUUAGGACACGCUUUUCAUUCCCAGGUGCUCUCGAUGUCGGACUACGAUAUCAGCGAUAUAGAACAUGAAGCUGUGUUGUUAGUUAUAACGUCCACUUUCGGGAACGGUGAUCCUCCAGAGAACGGAGAAGCUUUCGCGCAAAACUUGUACGCGAUGAAAAUGAACGAAACUUACAUUAACAGCGGCAAUAAAAUAAGCUUGGCUACUUCGAAAUCGUUCAUCAAGGCGAACAGUCAGACGGAAGUGAGUAAUUCGAAGAAACUGGACAGACUGGAUUCUCUUCGUGGUUCCACUACCGAUUCCCAGACUGAAGAUACCUUCGGUCCUUUGAGCAAUGUUAGAUUUGCAGUUUUCGCGUUGGGCUCGUCGGCGUAUCCGAACUUCUGUGCGUUCGGUCGCUACGUAGACAAUUUAUUAGGCGAACUGGGUGGCGAGAGGCUGUUGAAAUUGGCGCAAGGGGAUGAGAUGUGCGGGCAGGAACAGGCGUUCCGCAAAUGGGCGGCCGAUACUUUCGCUGUUGCUUGCGAAACCUUCUGCUUGGACGACGACGAUACUUUACUCGAGGUUGCUCUGUCUUUGGGAUCCGAAGCUCUAUCAGUGGCAACAGUACGUUUUGUGGAAGCUGAAGCUCAACCGAUUGGAAGAGCGUUGAGUAAAUGUCAUCAUCGCAACGUGACUACUUGUAACAUGUUCCGAAAAACAAAUUUAAGCGGUGACUCGUCGAGCGGAACGACGUUGCUCCUGGAGCUCGACGACAUAGCGAGCAUGGAGAUAGCGUACAAGCCCGGUGAUCAUUUAGGAGUGUUCGCGUGUAACAGAACGGAACUGGUAGAAGCGAUCUUAAAACGCGUGCAGACCCCCGUCGAUCCGGAUGUACCGAUCGAAUUACAAAUGCAGAAGCAAUCUCAUACUCCGAACGGCAUCGUGAAAACGUGGAUGGCACACGACAGAUAUUUGCCGAACUCCCUGAGAAUGUUGUUAACAAGAUUCUUAGACAUCACCACCCCGCCGACACCGAAUCUUCUCAGAUACUUCGCGACGAUAGCUACGAACUCGAAGGAACAAGCUCAGCUCAAUCUUUUAGCUUCCGACCCAACGGCCUACGAAGACUGGAGGCAUUGGAAGUUUCCCAAUCUCGUCGAAGUGUUAGAUGAAUUUCCAUCCGUAAAACCAUUCGCACCUUUAUUACUGUUGCAUUUGACUCCUCUACAACCACGAUUUUAUAGUAUCUCAUCUUCUCCGAACGUACACCAAGGACAGAUACAUCUCACCGUCGCCGUCGUACAGUACAAAACGCAAGGUGGUUCUGGACCGGUGCAUUACGGAGUGUGCUCCAAUUAUCUACGCGAAAUAUCAGACGGAGAACCUCUUUACGUAUUCGUGCGCAGCGCUCCUAAUUUUUAUAUGCCGAACACGCCGAACGCACCGAUGAUACUCGUCGGUCCGGGAACCGGGAUUGCGCCUUUCCGAGGGUUUUGGCACCAUCGCCUCGCAGAAAUGAAGCGAAAUCCAGGCGUCGAGUACGGAAAGGUCUGGCUGUUCUUCGGCUGUCGGCAAAAGACUUUGGAUUUGUACAGGCAAGAGAAAGAGGAAAUGAUGAAAAGCGGGGUUCUGGACAAAGUCUUUCUCGCUCUCUCUCGGGAGCCCGGAUUGAAAAAGACGUACGUGCAAGACUUGAUUCAAGCGGAGGCAUCGAAGAUUUACGAUAUGUUAGUCUACGAAGGGGGUCACUUCUACGUUUGCGGCGAUUGCACGAUGGCCGAAGACGUUUAUCAGACUUUGAAACAUAUCAUACAAACACACGGCGAAAUGACUGAUAAACAAGUCGAGGCGUACAUGCUGUCGUUACGCGAUGAGACUCGUUAUCACGAGGAUAUAUUCGGUAUCACUCUGAGGACAGCGGAAGUGCAUAAUCGAUCGAGAGAAACGGCACGGAGCAGAAUGGCUGCGGAACCUUGA